UAGGAGCGAUCAGAGAUUUUUAAAUUCUAGUCAUCUUUAGCCUUUUCGGCUUCGUUAGACGUUACUGCGUUUUAUUUAAAGGCCUCCGGUUGGCUGUGACGGACUGGAUAAUACCAGACUGCUUUAAUAUCAGUGCACAACAAUUUGAAUAGAUAAAAAACAGCCAUGGGGGAUGACAGCGAAUGGAUGAAGUUACCCAUCGACCAGAAAUGUGAACACAAGAUUUGGAAAGCCAGAUUAAAUGGAUACGAGGAAGCACUGAAGCUUUUCCAGAGGAUAGAUGAUGAGAAGAGCCCUGAAUGGGGCAAAUACCUGGGACUUAUCAAAAAAUUCGUAACAGAUUCCAAUGCCGUAGCCCAACUUAAAGGUUUAGAGGCAGCACUUGCAUUUAUUGAGAACGCACAUGUGGCUGGCAAAACAACAGGGGAAGUGGUUUCUGGAGUGGUCAGUAAAGUCUUCAAUCAGCCCAAAGCUCGAGCAAAAGAACUUGGGAGCGACAUCUGCCUCAUGUACAUAGAGAUUGAGAAGGCGGAAGUCGUCCAAGAUGAGUUGAUAAAAGGACUGGAUAACAAAAACCCCAAAAUUGUUGUUGCUUGCAUUGAAACGCUAAGGAAAGCACUUUGUGAAUUUGGAUCAAAAAUUAUAACCCUAAAGCCUGUAGUGAAAAUAUUGCCAAAACAGUUUGAGUCUCGAGAAAAGGCAGUUCGAGAUGAGGCCAAAUUACUCGCUGUGGAAAUAUACAGGUGGAUCCGGGAUGCUCUGCGACCUCCCCUCCAGAACAUUAACUCUGUACAGUUAAAAGACUUGGAGGAAGAAUGGGUGAAAGUGCCAACCACAGCUCCUAAGCAGACCAGGUUCCUGCGUUCUCAGCAGGAUCUAAAGGCCAAGUUUGAACAGCAUCAAGCUGCUGGAGGAGACGAAGCAGAUGGAGAUGUUGAGGAGGAGACCGAAGUUCAGGUGGAUCCUUAUGAGCUCUUGGAAGCGGUCGAUAUCCUUUCAAAGCUGCCUAAAGACUUCUACGAAAAGAUUGAAGCUAAGAAAUGGCAGGAGAGGAAGGAAGCAUUGGAGGCCGUGGAAGCCUUGACUAAAAACCCCAAACUAGAAAGUGGAGACUAUGGGGACCUGGUUCGAGCUCUUAAAAAGGUAAUUGGGAAAGAUGCCAAUGUUAUGUUGGUGACCAUGGCAGCUAAAUGUCUGGCUGGACUGGCAGCAGGACUGAGGAAGAAGUUUGGAACAUAUGCGGGUCAUGUGGUGCCAACCAUCUUGGAGAAGUUUAAGGAGAAGAAACCUCAGGUUGUCCAGGCCUUACAGGAGGCCAUUGAUGCAGUCUUCCUAACUACAACCCUGCAGAAUAUAAGUGAAGAUGUUUUAGGAGUGAUGGACAAUAAGAAUCCAUCUAUCAAGCAACAGGCUUCGCUUUUCCUCGCCAGAAGUUUCCGUCACUGCACCCCGAGUACGUUGCCAAAAAGCGUUUUGAAGCCUUUCUGUGCAGCAUUCCUCAAGCAAGUGAACGAUUCUGCACCAGAGGUCAGAGAUGCUGCUUUUGAGGCUUUGGGGACAGCCAUGAAGGUGAUCGGGGAGAAAGCAGUCAACCCGUUCCUGGCGGAUGUUGACAAACUUAAAUUGGAUAAGAUAAAAGAGUGUGCAGAUAAAGUGGAACUUCUUGGAGGAAAGAAAGGUGGUGGGAGUGGAGCAGGAGAGAAAAAAGAAAAACCAGCUGCAAAAGCUCCUCCACCGGUUGAAGCCCCUGCCAAACCGUCCGGCCCUCCAAAGAAAGCUCCUCCAGCAAAGGCUGCUGGACCACCCAAGAAAGGCAAACCUGCUUCUGCCCCCAGUGGAAAGUCUAAGAAAGCUCCAGACACAAAGGAAAUCAUAGAGACUGAGCUAUCUCCUGAAGUAUGCGAGGAGAGGGCAGCUGCCGUGCUCCCAGCCUCCUGUAUGCAACUUCUGGACAGCGCCAACUGGAAAGAAAGACUCGCUAGCAUGGAAGAGUUUCAGAGAGCCGUGGAGCAGAUGGAUAAAUCUGAAAUGCCAUGCCAGGCUCUGGUCAAAAUGCUGGCUAAGAAACCAGGAUGGAAAGAGACCAACUUCCAGGUAAUGCAAAUGAAGUUGCACAUUGUGGGUCUGAUCGCGCAAAAGGGCUCGUUCUCGAAGACGUCCGCUUUGGUGGUUCUGGAUGGUCUGGUUGAUAAGAUUGGAGAUGUCAAGUGUGGAGGCAAGGCCAAAGAAGGUCUGACUGCAAUCGGCGAGGCUUGUUCUCUACCCUGGACCGCAGAACAGGUGGUCUCUCUGGCUUUUGCACAGAAGAAUCCUAAAAACCAAGCCGAGACUCUUAACUGGUUGGCCAAUGCCAUGAAGGAGUUUGGAUUUGCAGGAAUAAAUGUGAAAGCAUUCAUCAACAAUGUUAAAACUGCUCUGGGUGCCACAAAUCCGGCUGUGAGGACUUCAGCGAUUACUCUGUUAGGAGUCAUGUUCCUGUAUAUGGGAGCUCCGCUCCGCAUGUUCUUUGAAGAUGAAAAACCAGCCCUGUUGACACAAAUAAAUGCUGAGUUUGAAAAGAUGCAGGGUCAAUCUCCUCCUGCUCCUACCCGUGGAGCCAAAAAAGCAGGAGCUGAGGAGGAUGGUGAGGAUGCUGAUGAAGAGGAAGUUGAUGGUGGUGGAGCUGCAGACAUCAUGGAUCUGCUACCCAGAACGGAUAUCAGUGAUAAAAUCACAUCAGACAUGGUGUCGAAAAUCGGAGACAAGAACUGGAAGAUCAGGAAAGAAGGCCUAGAUGAGGUUGCCGCUGUCAUUUCUGAGGCUAAAUUCAUCCAGGCUAGCAUCGGCGAGCUGCCCAUUGCACUGAAGGGUCGCCUUAAUGACUCGAACAAACUACUGGUCCAGCAGACCUUGAACAUUUUGCAGCAGAUUGCAACUGCAAUGGGUCCAUCUCUUAAACAGCACAUCAGGAACCUGGGAAUUCCAGUCAUCACCGUACUCGGAGAUAGCAAAGCCAACGUCCGUGCGACUGCCAUGGCGACGCUGAAUGCUUGGGUGGAGCAGACUGGGAUGAAGGAGUGGCUUGAAGGAGAGGACCUAUCAGAGGAGCUGAAGAAGGAAAACCCUUUCCUCAGACAGGAGCUGCUGGGCUGGCUGGCUGAGAAGUUGCCCACUAUGCGCACCGUGCCCGCAGACCUCAUGUUAUGUGUUCCUCACCUGUACGCCUGCCUAGAGGACCGCAGCGGUGACGUGCGAAAGAAAGCUCAGGACGCCCUCCCCACCUUUAUGAUGCACCUGGGCUACGAGAAGAUGUGCAAAGCUACCGGUAAACUCAAGCCGGCCUCAAAGGACCAGGUGGUCGGCAUGCUGGAAAAGGCCAGGGCCUUGAUGCCAGCCAAACCUGCAGCUCCUGCCAAAGCUGCAGCUACUAAACCUGCCUCCAGUGCCCCUGCUUCCAAACCCGCCUCAGCUCCGGCCAGGAACCAGACUCCAAGUGAAGACUUCAGUGAUCCUGAACCUAAACCAGACACAAAGAAAGCCAAACCAGCAGGUCCUGCAGCUAAAAAGGGCGUUGUGGGUAAGAAGCCUCCAGUCAAGGCUGGGGCAAAGGAAGAGGAGGAUAAAUCUGGACCCAUCUUCAUCCUCGUUCCCAACGGCAAAGAGCAGAGGAUGAAGGAAGAGAGAGCUUUGAAGAUUCUGAAGUGGAACUUUAUCACUCCUCGGGACGAGUACGUAGAGCAGCUGAAAACUCAAAUGUCAACGAGUCUGGCCAAGUGGCUUCAGGACGAACUCUUUCACUUUGACUUUCAACGUCAUGUUAAAGCUAUCGGAGCCAUGAUUGAGCACAUGGAACCAGAAUGUGAAGCUGUGAUUGGCUGUCUGGACCUGGUGUUGAAGUGGUUCACCCUGCGCUUCUUUGAUACCAACACCAGUGUUUUGAUGAAGGCUCUGGAGUUUCUGAAGUUGCUCUUUACCAUGCUAAGCAGGAAGAACUACCAGCUUAGCGACUACGAGGCCUCGUCUUUUAUUCCCUAUCUGAUCCUUAAGGUUGGAGAGUCAAAAGAUGUGGUGCGCAAAGAUGUCCGUGGGAUUUUGGGGAUGUUUUGUCAAGUUUAUCCAGCCAGUAAAAUCUUCCCCUUCCUUAUGGACGGGACCAAAUCAAAGAACUCCAAGCAGAGAUCAGAAUGCCUCGAGGAGCUCGGGUGCCUGAUAGAAAACUUCGGCAUGAAUGUGUGUCAGCCGACUCCAGCCAAGGCCCUCAAAGAAAUUGCAGUUCACAUCGGCGAUCGUGAUACUACAGUCCGCAAUGCUGCACUUAAUACCGUUUUGGCUGCUUACAACACCUGUGGGGAUCAAGUUUUCAAACUUAUCGGGAAUCUAUCAGAGAAAGAGAUGAGUAUGCUCGAAGAGCGAAUCAAACGCUCUGCUAAGAAGACCCCCGCCGCUCCAGCCAAACAGGAGCGAGCCCCGAAAGAAAAUCCCACCAAUCCCAACGCGACCUUUCUCCGGAAGCCCACUCAAGAGGAGGUGCCCAACAAACUCAGAAUAAUGUAUCGAACUUACAGGAUUCAAGCUCGGGCACAGAACGCUCACAUGGAGCAGUCGGCUCCAUCCAUCCCGAAAGAGUUUCAGCUGGACCUGGACGUGUUCGAGAACAACCACACGUGCGCCAGCGACAUUCCCGACCUGGUGCAGCACAAACUGGAUGAAGUUCUGGAGCCAGUCAUGAUUCCCGAGCGCAAGAUGCGUUCAGUCUCUCCUCACUUUGACGACAUUCAUAAUAGCACCGCGUCAACCAUCAAUUUCGUCAUCUCUCAAGUGGCCAGUGGAGACAUUAACACCAGUAUCCAGGCCUUGGCACAGAUUGAUGAGGUAUUGAGGCAGGCGGACAAAGCGGAAGCCAUGUCUGGACACAUCGACCAGUUCCUCAUCGCCACUUUUAUGCAGCUGCGGCUCAUUUACAACACGCACAUGGCGGACGAUCGCCUGGACAAGAAGGACAUCUUCAAACUCUACAGCUGCAUCUUGGGCAACAUGUUGUCUUUGUUCUCGAUGGAGAGUUUGGCGCGAGAGGCCUCCAUGGGCGUCCUGAAGGACCUGAUGCACGGUCUGAUCACACUGAUGUUGGACUCCCGGGUGGAGGACAUAGAGGAUGGACAGCAGCUCAUUCGCUCAGUCAACCUGCUCAUGGUUCGAGUGCUGGAGAAAUCAGACCAGACUAACAUCCUGAGUGCUUUGCUGGUGCUUCUGCAGGACAGUCUUACCAACACCGCUGGGUCCUCUAUGUUUUCUGAACUUGUCAUGAAGUGUCUAUGGAGAAUGAUCCGUUUCCUGCCUCAGACCAUCAACAGCAUCAAUCUGGAUCGUAUCCUGCUCGACGUGCACAACUUCAUGAAGGUCUUUCCUAAAGAAAAGCUCAAACAGCUCAAGAGCGACGUUCCUCACCGGACUCUAAAGACAUUGUUGCAUACGCUCUGCAGACUCACUGGUGCCAAGAUAUUGGAUCACUUGUCCAUGAUCGAGAACCGUAACGAGUCUGAGCUGGAGGCACAUCUGAGGAGGGUGGUUAAACAUUCAGCAAAUCUUUCUGGAAACAAGUCUGACAAGAGCACAGAGAAAGGUGCCCUUAGAUCGGAUGAUAAAGUGAUCAAGGCCAAAGUGAGUGACAUCCUAUCCGAGAUUUUUAAAAAGAUCGGCUCCAAGGAGAACACUAAAGAGGGUUUGACAGAGUUGUACGAGUACAAGCAGAAGUAUUCUGCCGCCGACCUCGAACCAUUCCUGAUGAACACCUCACAGUUCUUCCAGAGCUACGUAGAGCGAGGACUUCGCAUGAUUGAGUCGGAGCGUGAGGGCAAAGGCAGAAUCCAGACGUCCACAGUAAUCCCCCAGCACACCACAGACUCGUAUGUGCCGAGCUCCAGCUCUGUGUCCCUCAGCAGUAAUGGAGACGAUUUGAAUGCUGCCGCAUAUUACGAGAGACUAAAGAUCUUAAGGCAACGACGUGGCCUGGAGAACUCAGGGCCAGAGGAAGAGCGACCUCCCCUCAGCUCCCUGAGACCUUCGGUGGCCUCGUCCACAGACAUGCUCCACAGCAAACUCUCCCAGCUAAAGGAGUCCCGCGAGCACUUCCAGCAGGAGCAGUCACACUCCCACAGCCCCACCCGCUCCUCCCCUGCUUCAAACCUCGAUGACCUCAAAAAGAGGCUGGAGAGGAUAAAGAGCAACCGCCAGUAGAUGAAAGCUCCACCUUAAUAGGCUACCACAGCAACGCCCACAUUUCCAGGCUUUCUCUCCCCAAACUUCACAAACCCCAUUGUUUUCAGGGUAAACGCGUGCAUAGGUUACGGUUAUGCGAGUAGGACAAAAAUAACUUGAAUCUGUCUACAUUGUAUAAUAUUAAGUAAGCUAAUUUUCUCUGUAUGUAUGUUAGUAUUGUGCACAAUUGUUUUUUGUACAUAAAGUGGCUAACCACACCAGGCGUUUGUGUCAUAUAGAUUUUCCGUGUACAGUUUCUUUGUGCAGAAUGCUGUAAUAUGUGUAGCUGAGCAGUUUUCUUUUUAACUUGACAUUUUAGAGGACCCUACGUUUAAAAUGUCGCUUUUCAGUCUGUCAUCUUCUAUACGUUUGCCAUUUUUGCUGUUUUCUUUCUGGCUUUUCUCUCUUCAGUCCAUCUUUGAAGCUUUCAUAAAUCUGAAGGAAUGAAUACUUUAAGGAGCAUGGCAUGAAGUACUGAAUCUUUUUAUGUAAAUAAAGGUUGCAUCACUAAAAAGCUGUUAUUUUAGUUUUUCGUUUAAUAAUAUAACCAACAUGUUGCACUCCGUAGCAGAAUGUUGGUAAUUGAUGCAUUGUUUUGUAUUAUCCGACCUGGAUUUAGUGUUGAAGUGUUGCUAUCAAGUUUCAGUGUAUAAUCUAUAGUGAAAAUGGCAAUAAAGGUUUUUUUUAUAAUUUAACAACUACAA